AUGCUCACCGGAGAGUGGCAGAUACUGCUAGCAAAGGCUGACUUCUUUUAUGUCUGCGUGGCGCACCUCAAAGACAGAAACUUCUGUACGCCCAUUAUAGACCAAGCGGCUAUUGAUGCGAAAAAGAAGAAGGAGCUCGACGAGGAGGUGGAGAGGGUGAAGAAAGAGUACGAGGAGAGAAAGAAGAAGAAGGAGGAAGAGAAGAAGAAAAAGGAAGAGGAGGAGAAAGGGAAAGAGAAAUCCAAAGACGACAAGGGAAAAGAAAAGGAGAAGGACAAGGACAAAGACAAGGAUAAAGAGAGUAGUGAAGGAGACAAGAAGAAUGACAAGUCCGACGAUUCCAAAGCCGGGUCUCCGACGCCAACAGCAGAAGAACCUCGUGUCUUUGCUCUUCACCGCACAUUUUACCAGCAACGAGUUGAGAAGAGGCGACAGAUGGAAAUAGCUAAGCGAAACCGCGAGAGGCUUCAGCAACCAAAUUACUUCCCCUCAGUUCCCAAGGGUCUCCCAGGCGCCUGA